CCUUUAACUAGGGGGUUAGUGCUGCGCAGACACUGCAGUUGCAACGCACCCGAGCUGCAUGUGCGAAGGUUUAUUUUAUGGGAAGAUUUUUAUUGACAUGAUAUUGGGUACUAUAUUGUAUAAGUGAGGUUUGCCAGAAUGGUCAGUCGCGCUGUUUGGCUGUUUCGUAGAUUAGAGGGAUUGUUUGCGGUUUAUAAACCUCCUGGUGUUCACUGGAAACUGGUCCGGGACAGCGUCGAGACCAACCUGCUCAAAGGUAUAAACUCUGCUUCACCACGGGAGCCAAGACAACAGGUCAUGUUUCUCCCAGAGAGUACAGAUGGAUCUGGUGGAUCUACAGAACUGACACUGACUGCAACCCGCCUCCCUGUUUUGGCGAACCACCCACUGGUGACAGGACCCCAGUUUCAGAAGUUGCGAGUAGGGGUGGGACACCGCUUGGAUGUAUUCUCAUCAGGCGUACUAGUUCUGGGUGUGGGCCAAGGAAACAAGAUGCUUGCUGACCUAUACAAUUCGAAAACAAGGGAUUACACAGUGGAAGGAGAGUUUGGGCUUGCCACAGAGGAUUUCUCCGACACAGGCCGACUUAUUGAAAGAACCACAUAUGAUCACAUCACACAAGAUGACGUGGACAGAGUCUUGGCUAUGAUCCAGGGAGCCAAUCAGAAAGCUCUGAUCAUGUACUCAAACGUUGACCUGUGCUCUCAACAGGCAUAUGAGCUGGCAGUGAAGGGGUCACUGUAUCCACAGGGAAAAUCUCCCCCUAUUUUAACUGGCCUACGAUGUCUGCACUUCAAGCCACCCCACUUUACCCUAGAGAUGCAGUGUGUGAAUGAGACCCAGCGGUUCCUGCGCAGAGUGGUGCACGAGGUGGGCCUUGAGCUGCGUAGCACAGCUGUGUGCACAGGGGUCCGACGGACCCGCGAUGGCCCCUUUACUCUGCAGGCUGCCCUCACGCACAAACAUUGGACACUCCCUGAGAUCACAGCAGCCGUACGCCAGUCCUGCUUGGCGUGGAGGACCCCCAGAGAACCCCAGCCCCAGAACCCUGGGCCAGACGGAAUGAAGAGGAAGGAGCCAGCAGUGCCAGACUGAUUGUCCAUUUCCUCUCAGUUUUCUCAAAUCUUUAUGUAGAAAAUACUCAUUCCCAAGGAAAAGCUGCUACUGUUGCACUUACCUCAAGAUGCUGUCUGUAGUUUCAAAGUUUUACCACAAGAUAACACUGUGUGUUCCUUAGUUUAUCAGUACCCAAAUUACUAGGACUGAGUGAACCAGAACUACAGAAAUCCUCCUUCCAUCUUUGAACCCUCCUUGAAGUCUGUCCUACCAACAAUAGUUAUCUGUGGCCUUUGUCAGCAUUGCAUACUGGAAGCAGUCGAGAGGUUAAUGGGGGAAAUUAGCUGUUAAUUAUGAAACGCCAAAAUAUGAGGGUUUUUUUUGCCUGGAUGUAAAUCAGUCUUGUAUGCUUUGUUGUUACUGCAAUAAAAAUAGUAACAACAGAAGGUGAACAGUGUAUUACAGUAUAUUUCACCUUCUGUUGUUACUAUUACCAAUUUCUUGGGUUUCGGUUGCCAAAUGAUGCUAUGUAUAUUUUUGUAUUUAAAUUGUAUUAAAAGUAUAUUCCUAUACUGA